AUGCUGUAUUUCCCAAGAUCAACCCCCAAGGAAGCCCCAGGAAGAGAAGCCAAAAGCCCCAAGGAAACCCCAAGGAAGCCAGGGAAGCCCCAAAGAAGCUCCAGGAAAGCCCCCCAAGGAAGCCCAGGGAAGGCCCAGGGAAGUCCUAAAGAAGCCUCAAAGAAGUACCAGAAAGCCCAAAGAAGCCCCAAAGAAACCCAAGGAAGCCCCAAAGAAUCACAAAGAAAGCCCAAGAGCCCAAGGAAGCCCCAAGGAAGCCCCAAAGAAGUACCAAGCAAGAAGCCCCAAGAAGCCCCAAGGAAGCCCCAAAGAAGCCCAAGAAAGCCCCAAAGAAGCCCCAAAGAAGCCCCAAAGAAGCCCCAAGGAAGCCCCAAAGAAGCACCAAGGAAGCCCCAAAGAAGCCCCAAAGAAAAACCAAGGAAGCCCCAAAGAAGCCCCAAAGAAGCCCCAAGGAAGAGAAGAAAGCCCCAAAGAAGCCCAAAGAACACCAAGGAAGCCCCAAAGAAGCCCCAAAGAAAAAGAAAGCCCAAAGAAGCCCAAAGAACCCAAGAAGCCCAAAGGAAGCACCAAGGAAGCAAAGAAGCCCAAAGAAACCCAAGGAAGCACCAAGGAAGCCCCGCCCCAAAGAACACCACAGGAAGCCCCAAAGAAGCCCAAUUGAAGCCCAGAAGCCCCAAGGAAGCCCCUCAAACCCCCAAAGAAGCACUAAGGAAGCCCCAAGAAAACCCCAAAGAAGCCCAAGAAGCACCAAGAAAUAGAGAAAAGCCCAAAUUCCCCAAAAGAAAGCCCCAAAGAAGCCAAAGAAACCCCAAGGCCCCAAGGAAGCCCCCAAAGAACACCUUUCUUUCGUAG